UGCUAUCCCUACAGAGGCCUGACUGGUGCUGCUCACAUGCAAUAAUUAACAGCUGAGUGGCCUUCGCCCAAUCUCAGCCUCCAUUCCUGGGCUCCAUUCCCACUGCCUGCUCCACAGCCCCGUCUCCUAGGCCACUAAACCUCAGCCGUCUGCUGGAAUCAAAGCAAAGGGAGUCUAGAGCAGAGCCGAAGCCUGAGCCAGUCUGAGAGCUGCCUUGGUUCCCAGGAGUUGGACACACCUGGUGCUCCAACAGGACUGAUUUCUCUGGCCUGGACUCGCCACAGAUCAGAGGUCUGGCAUGGCUCACCUGAUGACUUUGCCGUUGCUGCUCCUGCUGAUAUGGGUGGCCCACUGUGCCCAGUCAAGAGCUACUCGGUCCAGAACUGAACUGCUCAAUGUUUGCAUGGAUGCCAAGCACCACAAAGAAAAACCAGGCCCUGAGGACAAUUUACACAACCAGUGUAGUCCCUGGAAGAAGAACUCCUGCUGUUCCACCAACACAAGCCAGGAAGCCCAUAAGGACAUCUCCUAUCUGUACCGAUUCAACUGGGACCACUGUGGGAAGAUGACAGAGGACUGCAAACGGCACUUUAUCCAAGACACCUGCCUCUAUGAAUGCUCUCCUAACCUGGGACCUUGGAUCCAGCAGGUGGACCAGAGCUGGCGCAAAGAGCGGAUCCUUGACGUUCCCCUGUGCAAAGAGGACUGUCAGCAGUGGUGGGAAGACUGCCGCACCUCCUUCACCUGCAAGAGCAACUGGCACAAGGGCUGGAACUGGACCUCAGGGUAUAACCAGUGCCCUGUGGGAGCCUCCUGCCACCUCUUCAACUUCUACUUCCCCACGCCCGCCGCUCUGUGUGAGGAGAUCUGGAGUCACUCCUACAAACUCAGCAACUACAGCCGAGGGAGCGGCCGCUGCAUCCAGAUGUGGUUCGACCCAGCGCAAGGCAACCCCAAUGAGGAGGUGGCGAGGUUCUACGCUGAGGCCAUGAGUAGAGCUGGGCUCCACCGGGCCUGGCCACUGGUGUGCAGCCUGUCCUUAAUGCUGCUCUGGGUGUUCAGCUGAGCUCCUUUUACUGUCUGAUGCCCAGGGAGCUCCCUGCCUGGCUUAGCCUCCCAGCUCCCAGCCUCCUUUGUGGUGGGGCCUCUGACAGCCUGUUUAAAUAAACCAGACAUUCAACCUGU